GACUUUAUAGCACCUGCCAGCACCGCCAUCGCCCAACACAACACCCAGUCAGCAUCACAGAAAACGGAGCCAUCAUCCUCUGCUUCACCACCAACUCCACCAAAUCGUCAUGAUGCGUCUGUGCGCGUCAACACCGCCCUUCCUCCUCUACCCCCAUCACUCCCUCCAGCGUCCCCUCCGUCGUCUCCCUCAUCUCCUGUUUCUCCUCUUCCUAUACUUCCUCACUUCCUGCAGCAAUGGUGUCACAGCGCAGCCGAAAGAUGACAGGACGUACCCCUUGUUGGGCUCCAUCCCCGUCACCACCUUCUCCUGCGCAGGUCACGCGGCAGGGUACUACGCCGACCCGGAGACUGGCUGCCAGGUGUACCACAUGUGUGACACCCGGGAGAAGCAGUACUCGUACCUGUGUCCCAACCACACCCUCUUCAACCAGAAGUUCAUGGUGUGUGACCACUGGUAUAUGGUCAACUGCUCGUCCUCCCAGGAGUUCUACGACCUUAACCACCACAUAGGAGAAGUGGGAGGCGGGAGCGGUACUGGCGCCAACUCUAUCCAUCCGGAUGGUGGUGGUGAGGACAGUGAGACGAGGGAAACUACCAAGGAUCCUCCCAAGACCUCCUUCACCUACAAGUUUCCUUCAUUACUACCUGCCUCACCCAAGCCUCUCCUUGUCCCCUUCACCCAGAGGCCCGUCACUACAGCGAGACCCUUCACUCGGAUACCAUUCACUACAGCGAAACCCUUCACUCAGAGGCCCAUCACUACAGCGAGACCCUUCACUCGGAUACCAUUCACUACAGCGAGACCCUUCACUCAGAGGCCCAUCACUACAGCGAGACCCUUCACUCAGAGGCCCAUCACUACAGAAAGAUCCUUCACUACAGAGAAACCCUUCACUACAGAAAGAUCCUUCACUCAGAGAUCCUUCACUCAGAGAUCCUUCACUCAGAGGCCCGUCACUACAGUAAUACCCUUCACUGAGAGGCCCAUCACUACAGUAAUACCCUUCACUAGGAGGCCCAUCACUACAAUAAUACCCUUCACUCAGAGGCCCAUCACUACAGGGAGACCCUUCACUCAGAGGCCCAUCACUACAGAAAAACCCUUCACUCAGAGACCCAUCACUACAGAAAGACCGUUCAGUCAGAGGCCCAUCACUACAAAAAGACCCUUCAGUCAGAGGCCCAUCACUACAGAAAGACCCUUCAGUCAGGGGCCCAUCACUACAGAAAGACCCUUCAGUCAGAGGCCCAUCACUACAGAAAGACCCUUCAGUCAGAGGCCCAUCACUACAGAAAGACCCUUCAGUCAAAGGCCCAUCACUACAGAAAGACCCUUCAGUCAAAGGCCCAUCACUACAGAAAGACCCUUCAGUCAGAGACCCAUCACGACAGAAAGACCCUUUACUCUAGGCGUCACACCUCGGGGUCUGCUGAUACCCGUCACUACACCAUCACGUUUCUUCUCUCUUCCAAACACCGUGCCUCAUACAAGCCCAAAGCCAAGCCUCCUGAGACCCGUCAACACCCGCCGGACCAUCAACCCAGAUCCAGGAAUUGGUGUGAGACUUACUGCCACUCAGACAAGUUUAAACGCUUCUUCCAAUACAGUGAACGCCACCGACACUCGUUCUCCUCUCCAAGGAAAACCCGACCUAAAAUUUGAUAUACCAUUCGUGCAGACACCCCGCCCUGGCCUCCCGUUCACUAUGAUGCCAAGCAGUGUUGCUCGACGACCCGGUAACACGUUUGUGUUUACGAGUAACAGUGACGAGAAGACUGACAUCAAUCCCAUAGAUUUCCAAAGUAUUAUCUUCCGGCCAGUCGUGAUGCGUCCUCCCAGCAAAACACGGACGAUCUUAACCAGUUCUCCUUCAGCAGAUGUUCUGAAGCUGCAUCACCCGCCAGCUACCCAGACGGAUCAAGCCACACAACACUCUACACACACCGCCUUCGCUAUGCCUCUAGCACCAAACACCUCACCAUCCCAAGGUUCCUCCUCUGAUUCAAGUUUCCCGACAACACCCCAAAAGAUUAGAAUUCCCAGCAUCUUCCUGCAGCCUCCACUUUUCCAAUCCACUUCCUUCAACCUUGCUCCCUUCCUUCCUCCUCCCAGUCAAUCUACCAGCAUUAUCAGACACGUUAAGCAGGAGUUCCCAACGAUUCUGUCAACUCCUGUCAGGAAUACUAACUCGCGUAUCCACGUAUCCGAUCAAGUCAUACCGGGAAUGAUGCACUUACAGUUCUCCUCCUCCCGUGGCAAUAGAGACUUCUUCAUACCAACAGUAGGACUCUCCCUGCCUGCACAAGACCUUUCUGAGGUUGACCAAAACACCCUGGGAGAAGAUUCAGAUAAUCCGGAUACAGAUGAUCACCAUCACCACGGAGACGACGGGUCCCACAUGACAAUGGUGUUCCCAGCGCCAUUAGAGGAGAGGAUGGAAGAGUUGCAACUCAACCCAGAGUGUCCACGAUGCCACCCAGUGUUCCUCAGGCCUGGCGAGUGUCACCCAUGUGUCCUCAUUAAAUAAUAAAAAAUAAUAAUACUGUACGUAAUUUCAUCAUACGAGAAUACUGAUAAAGCGUGACAUAACCACACUGCACUACAAAACCAUCGCAUCAACCCAAAUCUCCUUUGUUGCGUGAAUCAUCAGCCUCUUGUGAGUACCAAGGCUUGUGCUUCCUGUGGGUGUGCAACCAACCAUUACACAAAUUCACCCAGCGAAAAAGGUUAUAUCAUCCCAGAUAACCAUUAUAAAUGUGUUUCUUACUUUGAUAUUUAAGAACUGGUAGUACCGGGUAAUUAUAAAUGUUUAUUACAAUGAUUGAAUGAAAUACACAAAUGCAGCAAAUCAAAACGUCAACUAAACUAGAAAAGUGUUCCCAGUAACCUCAUCAUCUUGGUUGCCACUAAGGAAACCAACAAUAAAUAUAAUAAUAAUAAAUGUAUGUCUACAAUAAUAUUACAGGAGAAAAGAGAUCUCUUCACUCGUCUGUUAAAUAUCCCACGAUAAAAAAACACGGCAACUGACUAAAGUGCUGUUUUUUUAUGGUGAUUGAAAAGUAAUAUUGAAAUACGAGAAAUACGAGAAAAAUAUUGAUAUUCAGCUAGCUUUCUUAGACAAUGUCAAAUCCAUAAUGAAUCUUAAACUACAAUAUAAUUUUUAACCAAUUUUGGCACAACCUUAUAAACAAGAACUGUUACACCGCACUCAUAACAAAUUUGUACCCUAGUCAACACAACCAACAUUCUCCAUUACAUAAAAAUCAACGAGGUCAAAAAUGUAUUAAAAGGGUCUAUUUUUUUACUGAGUAUACUUACCAACAUGUUUAAUACAGUCUGAAAAUAAGGUGAAACGGCAAGGAAAAAAACGAAUUGGAACUUGCAAAAACCCAGUGUUAAGUCUUCAAAGGAUGCCAAAUUAUUACUGACAGCAAACACAACAAAAACUAACCCAGGACUAAUUGGUUAGGUUAGGCUAGGUUGGUUGGUUUGUGAGGUUAGGUUAGGCU